CUGCAGGUGGGAGGAGAGUCCGGGAGCAAGUCGGGCUGUUCGGUUCCCUCCACGGCCUGGAAGCGGAGAAGCAACUGGGCUGAAGCCUCUCAGCUGCGGCUGCUGCAGGUUCCUUCCCUCCCCAAAUGGAAGCCCACUGGUGCUGCAGGCUGGGAAACUGGGGGCUGCAAUUUCUGCUGGUGGGAAGCUUGAAAAAGCCUCUUUCAAGUGGAGAAUGGCUUUGGCUCACAUUUCAGCCCUCGAAAGAGAGCUUGUAACGGGACCAUGAAGGUUGCAGUUCCUGCUCCGAAGGUGCCAGAAGUACAGCCGGAAGUCCCACAGUAAUUUUCUAAACAACUACAGAGGAACAGAUACAAAGAGGAUGGCAAUAACAACACUCGGGACAACUGUAAAUAACAAGCAAGGUUGAAAAGGGAAGAAAAUCAAGCCAGAAAUCAAAAUAUUUUUCAUUUCUUUCAGAAAACCACACAAUUCUCCUCCUCCUCCUCCUCCAGCAAAAGAGAGAAAAUCAAGAAAGAUUUCAAGCUCGAAAAAGCAGAUUAUGCAGAACUCAAGGAUACAUUACAUGAAAAGUCAGAGGAGAUUAUUUUUCAAUCAGCAAAAAAGGAAAAUAUCUGGAAGUCAGUGGGGAGGAAAAGGUCAAUAGUAAAGCCACGGAGUGGAGACAGGAAUGCAGGGCACACCCUGUCAGGAAGAAAAUGGCUUAAAUGGCUUAAAUGGAAGCACCACUAAACAAAGCAUUGUCCAUAUUUUUGGACAAUGCUUCCUCAGGAAAGUCUUAGUGAGAAUGGCAACAUGGAGAUACAUCAGAGGACUCGCCACAAUGAGAAAACAUGAGUGUGCAGAUUGUGUGAAAGUUUCAUUAGAAAUUCCCAGGACCUGAGACACUAAAGGAUGCAGACACAGGAAUAAAACCAUUUGAACAUCCUUUCUGUGGGCAAAGUUUCAGUGAGAAUUCCAAUCUGGUGAAGCACCGGAGACUCACAAAGAAGGGAAACCAUUUGAAUGUGCCGACUGCGUAAAAAAAUUCAGUCACAAUUCCAGUCUGGUGAUCCAUCAGUGGAUUGACUCCAGGGAGAAACUGUACGAAUGUCUAGAUUGUGGGAAAAACCUCAUUAGAAAUGUCCAUCUCACACAACAGAGAACUCCACAGGAAAAAAAACAUUUGAAUGACCAUUCUGUGGGAAAAGUUUCAGUCAGAAUUCCAACCUUGAGAUACACCAGAGGAGAAAAAUGCUUUGAAUGUCCUGAUUGUGGGAAAACUUUCAGUUGUAAUUUGAACCUUGGUGAUACACCAGAGGAAACCCAAAGGAGAGAAACCCUUUGAAUGUCCUAUCUGGGCGAAAACGUUUACUGAUAAUUCCAAACUGGUGAGACACCAGAGUAUUCACACAGGAGAAAAACCCUUUGAAUACCUAGGUUGUGGGGAAGCUUACAGUCAAAAUUCCCAAGUCAUGAACCACCAGAGGACUCACACAGGAGAGAAACCCUUUGAAUGUCCUGAUUGUGAGAAAAGUUUCAGUUAUAAUUCCCACCUGAUGAGACACCAGAAAACUCACACUGGAGAGAAACCCUUUGAAUGUUGUGAUUGUGGGAAAAGUUUCAGUCGGAGUUCCUACCUGGUAAUACACAAGAGGACUCACACAGGAGAGAAAGCCUUUGAAUGUCCUAUCUGUGGGAAAAGUUUUAACGAUAAUUGCCGCCUUGUGAGACACCAGAGGACUCACACAGGAGAGAAACCCUUUGAAUGUUGUGACUGUGGGAAACGUUUCAGUCAGAAUUCCGACCUGGUAAUACACCAGAGGACUCACACAGGAGAGAAACCCUUUGAAUGUCCUAUCUGUGGGAAAAGUUUUAACGAUAAUUCCCGCCUUGUGAGACACCAGAGGACUCACACAGGAGAGAAACCCUUUGAAUGUUGUGACUGUGGGAAACGUUUCAGUCAGAAUUCCUACCUGGUUAUACACCAGAGGACUCACACAGGAGAGAAACCCUUUGAAUGUUGUUACUGUGGGAAAAGUUUCAGUCAGCAUUGCUACCUAAUAUAUCACCAGAAUACUCACACAGGAGAGAAACCUUUUGAAUGUCCAGACUGUGGUAAAGGUUUUAGUCAGAAUUCCCACCUCAUGAGACACCAGAGUAUUCACACAGGAGAAAAACCCUUUGAAUGUCUAGAUUGCGGGAAAGGUUUUAGUGAUAAUUCCAGCCUGGUGAAACACCAGAGGACUCACACAGGAGAGAAACCCUUUGAAUGUCUAGAUUGUGGGAAAAGUUUUAGUUAUAAUUCUAGCCUGGUGAAACACCAUAUAACACACACAGGAAAGAAACCCUUUGAAUGUCCUGAUUGUGGGAAAUGUUUUACUCAGAGUUCCAACCUGUUGAAACACGAAAGACUUCACACAGGAGAGAAAACCUUUGAAUGUCCUGACUGUGGAAAACUUUUCAGUUAUAAUUCCAGCCUGGUGAACCACCAGAGGACUCACACAGGAGAGAAACCCUUUGAAUGUCUUGAUUGUGGGAAAAGUUUCAGAAAUAAUUCCCACCUUAUAUGUCACCGGAGUACUCAUACAGGAGAGAAACCUUUUGAAUGUCCAGACUGUGGAAAAGGUUUUUGUUAUAAUUCCCACCUCAUGAGACACCAGAAUACUCACACAGGAGAGAAAUCCUUUGAAUGUCCAAUCUGUGGGAAAGCUUAUAGUCGAAAUUUCCACCUCAUGAACCACCAGAGGACUCACACAGGAGAGAAACCUUUUGAAUGUCCAGAUUGUGGGAAAGCUUACAGUCAAAAUUCUCAACUCAUGAACCACCGGAGGACUCACACAGGAGAGAAAUCCUUUGAAUGUCCAAUCUGUGGGAAAGGUUUUUAUAAUAAUUCCAGUCUGGUGAACCACCAGAGGACUCACACAGAAGAGAAACUCUUUGAAUGUCUAGAUUGUGGGAAAAGUUUUUAUGAUAAUUCCAGCCUGGUGAAACACCGUAGAAUUCACACAGGAGAGAAACCCUUUGAAUGUCCUGAUUGUGGGAAAAGUUUUUAUGAUAAUUCCAGCCUGGUGAACCACCAGAGGACUCACACUGGAGAGAAACCCUUUGAAUGUCUAGAUUGUGGGAGACGUUUUAGUAAUAAUUCUAGCCUGGUGAAACACCGUAGAACUCACACAGGAGAGAAACCCUUUGAAUGUCCUGAUUGUGGGAAAAGUUUUUGUGAGAAUUCCAACCUGGUGAAACACCAGAGAACUCACACAGGAGAGAAACGGUUUAAAUGUCCUGACUGUGGAAAAGUUUUCAGUCAGAAUUCCAAUCUCAAGAGACACCAGAGGACUCACACAGGAGAGAAACCCUUUGAAUGUCCAGAUUGUGGGAAAAGUUUUUGUGAUAAUUCUAGCCUGGUGAAACACCAGAAUACUCACACAGGAGAGAAACGCUUUAAAUGUCCUGACUGUGGAAAAGUUUUCAGUCAGAAUUCCAAUCUCAUGAGGCACCAGAAGACUCACACAUUGGAGAAAUCUUUCAAAUGUCCCGUCUGUGGACAUUACUUUAAGCAUAAAUCAUCCCUUAAUGCUCACAAGGAAAUUCACAUGUAGCAACAGUUGAAGAAUUUAGAGAAGAUUUGAAUUUCAUUUGUGAUCUCCCAUUCACAAUGUGUAGGUGAGAAACUGACUAUUUCAAUUCUGGCCUGAUUCUUUUUACUCAAAUGUUUCUCAGGAUUAAAUUUGUAGGUGGAGAGAAAAGGGAAGUGGCUAACUGCCAUUUUCUGGUUAUCAGCAGAAACUUCUGUAUAUUUCCUUUUGCAGAAGUAGUGGAAUUCUUCAAAAAGGAAUUUUGGAUGGUGCUUUUGUAUGUUGAUUAUGGACCCACAUGUGGUCCAUUUCAGUUUUCUCCCUUGGUUUUGCCCUGAUUUUAAGCCCCAGAAUUCACCAGCCAGCAGAAAUAUAGUCCUCUAGAUAGAACUAUUAUGGGCCUUGCAGUUACGGUUGCAUGUUGCAAUGGCCGUUAAGUGUUAAGUCUUAACUACCCAAAUCUCCCUGCUCUUCCUGAGGCAACUAUUAUUUGAAUGUGCAAGGUGCUAAGCAGAACACUGGCUACCUCAACGUUGGGGAAAAUUCUUGGAAGCCUAGCCUGCCAUAGUCAUCCCUAGGCCUCCCCUGCUCUCCAAGACACCCUGUACUCUGUUUCCUAACCGUUGUGUCCCCUCAGCCCCUUCACUCCUCCACAGGGUCCCACCUAGUCCUUUCUCUUCCCCCACCCCCAGGGUCCCCUUACACCUGACUCACACUCCUCCAUCCCUCACACCUUCCACCUCCUAACCUUUGAAGAUCUCUGAUCCUCAUGCUGUGGCAGUGGGGAGGAACAUAUGACUGUGUCCUGGAAGCAGCCACCAUUUUCAGUGGGCCCUGGAUGUCCCUGGGCCAUGUGGUGGACUUGUGGAAGUGGCUGCUCUUUUGCCCCACUGUUGUGCAGAAGACUGACAAACUUUGUUUUGCUGCCUUAACAAGAAAAAAUGUACAGGAGAAAAUGUUCUUUUUAAGAAAAUGCAUUAUGUUACUAUUAUCAGUAGCUUUUGACAUGUAAACAUGAGUAUUGUCAAUGUUGCUAUGAACAUUAGGGCAAGGCAAGUUGCUCAGAGUUGCCUCAAACUAUGAGAUGAGCAGUGAUUACGUUUAAUAAUAAAUGAAUUUAAUAAUAAAAAAGGUAAUGUAAAGCU